GUGUCCGGACUGGAAGGGGGGGGGGAAAGUGUCCGGACUGGAAGGGGGGGGGGGGAAAGUGUCCGGACUGGAAGGGGGGGAAAGUGUCCGGACUGGAAGGGGGGCAAAGUGUCCAGACUGGAAGGGGGGGGAAAGUGUUCGGACUGGAAGGGGGGGAAAGUGUCCGGACUGGAAGGGGGGGAAAGUGUCCGGACUGGAAGGGGGGGAAAGUGUCCGGACUGGAAGGGGGUGAAAGUGUCCGGACUGGAAGGGGGUGAAAGUGUCCGGACUGGAAGGGGGGGAAAGUGUUCGGACUGGAAGGGGGGGAAAGUGUCCGGA